AUGAAGACUCUGUUUUUCAUCGCUCUCAUCGCCGUCGUUGCUCAUGCCACCCCAAUCAUUCGGAAUGACCGUAUCGAGUCGUUCCAAGCUCGUGAUCCAUUGGAUGGGCUUGCUCAUCGCAGUGAGACGGCUGUUUGCGAAAAUUGUGAUUUAGGUCCUCCUGAGCCAUACUGUCAUUCAUGUCCCGACACCGUCUUGGGAGGGUGUGUCACUACUCACAUGCGGACUUGUAACUACGAUCAUGCUGCGACCAGUGACAAGUCCUGUGGGAGGGGUUCUUGGGGUUGCGUUGCUAAAUGCUGUCCUGGCACUGGCAAAAAAUGCAACUAA